UGAAAUUGUCUUUGGUUGAGUUGUUUUCGUAUUCCGCCUAACCGAGACUGUAAAAGGCGUCGAGUUAUAUCUUUUAUCGAAGUGGAUUUUCUUCUUAACUGCUAGAAAUUUAAUAAUUAGGUGCAAUGAUGCGAUCUAUUCCAGGGCACAAUAAUUCAACCCAAUUUAGAGAUAAGUCAAGUUAUUCCCUUCUUCUGCUUCCUGGAUCAUUUGGCAUGCGUUUCCAGUUAAUGCUCGUCGUCUUCACUCUGGGUUCUACUAAAAAUUACUAAUCACACAAGAAGGAGCAUCUUCUUAACUGGGAACAUAACUUUUUCACAUUAUUCAUAGUGCCCACUCGCCGCGAGGAAGGGAAUUUAAGAAGAUUCAAGACGAUCUCUUUGAAAUCAGGGACAGAAAUCUUCACCGGCAUGAUCAAGAAAAUGAUGCCCGUUAAACCACGGCCGCGGCCAAUCACAAGCUGUUUCACCAUCCGGCGAGUGUCUAGAUUGUUUGACAUGCGCGCACUUGCCCCAGUUGCUGGUCGGAAGCACACCAAUGGCGUAGCUGCGGACGGCCUGUGCGACGAAGAGCUGCUGUACUCCAAGCGACACCCGGACUCCUUCCUCAGUGUUGUCAGACACCUUCUGAUCGUGGGCCACUACAUAGGCGUACUUCCAGCCCCCACCAAUUCAGGAUGCAAAUUCCGGUGGCUUUCGCUGCACGUCGUCUUCUCGGUGGGCGUGACUGCUGCGGUGGCGUUUCGCAUCAUCGUGUACCUGUACUGCGUCUUCGUGGGCUACAUGACGUUUUUCGACACGGUUGUCUCAACGAGAAUCGGUUUCACUGUGCUGGGCCUGCUCAUGUUCGUCACGUACAUUCGACUGGCGUCCAGGUGGAGGAAGUUUGUUGUCUGCUUCCUGAGAAUAGAGCACCGGCAAGGGUCGCUGGAACCGGCUGGGAUUGCGCCUUCCCUCAGCCUCCGCAGGCGCGUCGUUUUGAUGACAAUGGCGACCCUCGCACUUGGCUUCCUGGAAGUCUUACUGCAACAGUUCACGUUUCCCCUGAGCCGUGACCUCGACGAGUACGACUCCUUCAGCGACAUUCUAGCAGACCACUACUACGGCCUUUUUAACCACAUCGCCACGGCAGUGUCUUACAAUCCAGCAGUGCUCUUCGCUGCCGAGUUCAGCUCUGCGGUCACAAACUUCGUGCUCAACUACAACGACCUGUUCAUUAUGAUUGUCAGCAUGGUCAUUGUCCGACGUUUCAAGCAUCAGCGCAAAAUACUUGCGGUAAACUGUUUUAAGGACUCGGCGUACUGGAAAUCAGCCCGUGAAAGGUUCCACGACCUGAGUGAGCUGACGCGCGAGGUGGACCAGCACGUCAGCGUGCAAGUGCUCCUGUCCUGCCUCAAUAAUUUCUUCAGCAUUUGUAUACAGCUGCAGCACGCCGUCAGCCCUCCUUUCGGCGCGCCUUGUGUCCUUCGCCGGAUGUACUACUGCUUUUCGCUCCUAUUCGUCGUCGUGCGCUCCGGGGCCGUCAUGUUCGCAGCGUCCAGCAUUCCCGAGGAGAGCAGGGCUCUGAAGAGAGCGCUGUACUCCGUGCCAUCGAAUCAGUACACCGCGGAGACUCAACGGUUCUUGACCCAAGUGAUCUCCGACGACGUCACCUUGACUGGCCUGGGCCUCUUCACGAUCAACCGAUCUUUCAUACUCAGGAUGCUUGGGACGAUUGCUACAUACGAGAUUCUUCUCUUCCAAACAUACCGAUCAGAAGUACACUCUUAGAACACAUGGAUAUUUUAAAUUAAGUUUCUACCUUAGACCGGGUUUAUUCUUGACACUUGAGUGUCUACAUUGUACGAAACGUGUGUCACGGGUGUACUAAGUCUUUUUUAGCAAUCUUUCUGGGCACCGAUAUUACCAUUUGACAUGCUUCUUGUGUGAACGAAUAAAACCACAUGC